UUUACAGGAAUUGAAAUUGCCACAAACCAUAAAAACAGGAGGAACACAUCCAGUGAAGAGAUAGUGUGAAAAUGAAAUCUCUUGCUCCCUCUCCCUUUUCUUCUUCAUCUUUCAUGUUUGCAUCUUCAUCACUCGAAAUCAAACUUCUGCUCUCAAAUCCAAACAAUAGGAGACUCCAAUUCAAUCUCAAUCUCACUCCUACGAACCUCAAACCAGACACAAUUUCCUGUAAAGCAACACAAAAUGAGAUCGAUGAAACCCCACCAAGCAAGAGUCGUCAAAGCUCAACAACACACAAAGUGGAGGAUUACAACACUGCCAUGAAGAGUAUGAUGAGAAACCCUUAUGAGUAUCACCAUGAUCUUGGCAUGAAUUAUAAUCUGAUAACGGAAAAUCUUAUCGUUGGAUCUCAACCUCAAAAAGCUGAAGAUAUCGACCACCUUAAAAACGAACAAAAUGUGGCAUACAUUCUUAACUUACAGCAGGACAGCGAUAUUGCUUAUUGGGGAAUAGAUUUGGAGUCAAUAGUCAAAAGAUGUAAACAACUUGGAAUACGCCAUAUGAGAAGACCCGCAAGAGAUUUUGAUCCGGAUUCUUUAAGGAGCAUGUUACCAAAAGCUGUUUCUUCAAUAGAAUGGGCCGUUUCUGAAGGAAAAGGAAAGGUGUAUGUACAUUGCACAGCUGGUUUAGGUCGGGCUCCUGCUGUUUCCAUUGCUUACAUGUUCUGGUUCCUUGACAUGGAUUUGAAUACAGCAUAUGACAAGCUUACUACAAUAAGACCAUGUGGACCGAAUAAAAAGGCGAUACGAGGUGCUACUUAUGAUUUGGCUAAAAAUGAUCCUGGGAAAGAGCCUUUUGAGAAUCUUCCGGAAGAUGCGUUUGGGAAUGUGGCGGAGUGGGAGAGGAAACUGAUUCAGAAUCGUGUUCGUGAUCUACGUGGAACUUGAACAAAAUGAUAGUAAGAAAGAAAAAAGUGAAGAAUAGCAUUGGCAAAAGGAAGGCUCACAUUCUAUAAACAUAAGCGAUUGAUGGAUGCAUGAAAUCUAUUUGAUGAAAUGCUUGAGAGCGCUG